AUGUCCGAGUCGGCCGCUAAUAACGGUCUCUCACUACCAGACGGCACCACCACAAUCACGGACGUCGCCUGCGGCGCGAACCAUACCCUUGCUCUCCUCCGCCUAGGUCCUCGUACUUGGAUGGUGCAGAGUCUGGGUCCGGCGCGGGCAAGACAACGGUGGGGCGGUCUCUGUACUUCGUACCGCUGCUCGACGCGUUUUCCGACGUUCCUGCGGGGGAAA